CACCCGCGACUUCGGCCGCGUGGAAUCAUUCCCGGACUCCGGCAUAAAAAAUAGUCUAUAUGUUAUUCUGGGUCUUCGGCUACCUACAUACCAAAUUUCAUUGUAAUCGGUUCAGUAGUUUAUGCGUGAAAGAGUAACAAACAUCCAUACAGAAAUCCUGACAUACUCACAAACUUUCGCAUUUAUAAUAUUAGUUGGAUAUUGUGUAUUAUUAAUUUUAAAGUUGACAAUGGAAAUAUGGAUUUAUCUAUCUUACUACAUCCCUAAGCAUAAACACUUUCAGCCAACUUUGUAUAUAUGUUACUGUAAAACCCCGAACUGUGGUAAAUCCUAAGAUUUUCCGGUAAAACCUAAGAUUUACCAACUUUCCAUGGUAAAAGUCCGAACGUUCUUUUAUUUCGAACUUUUACCACCAUGUAAUUGGUAAAUCUUAGGAUUUACCAUAAUGCCACGGUAAAAGUUGAUAAAGACAAUGUCAUAACGUGUUCAGCGCAUCAUCUCGUCGGUACUCGUGGGCAGUCGGUAAUUCCCCGCUAGCCGUACCGCCCCCGCGUGCCCCGCGUCUCCGUUCGCUCGCCUCAGUCGGUCGUUUGACAAGUUUGAACGCGCACGUUAAUUUAAUUUCUGUUUGUGUUUUAUAUAUCCAAAUGUAAUUUAUGAAUCAAAAUGAGUGUAAAACAUAGAUUUUAUGAAAUAAUGGACAAGAUCGUGGCAAGCAAGAAGGACAAUAACUUUUAUCUCGAUAGGGAUAAAUACGCCAAGUGUUUAGAGGAAGUAAAAACUGCAAAGAACGUGAAAAAUAAGAAAGCUGUGCAUUACAGGCGUAUUAAGCGCUAUGAUAUUUUGACUAUAGGCGGUGAAGAAAAGCUAAUUGCGCCGAUAAAGGAAGAGAAUGGAGAAAUCAAGUAUUACGUUUGUUAUGACGACAUAUUUAAUAUCCUCGAAGAAACGCAUCUUGCUGUUGGACACGGUGGAAGGACUAGGAUGCUAAAGGAAUGUAGCCGCAAGUAUAGAAAUAUUACAGUUGAGGCUAUCAUGACAUAUUUGAAGCUAUGUCAACCUUGUCAAAAGAAACAGAAGACUUUGAAGAAGGGCAUUGUCAUCAAGCCUAUACUUCAUAGUGAAAUGAACUCACGUUGUCAAGUAGAUCUCAUAGACCUACAAACCAACCCUGACGGAAAUUAUAAAUUCAUAUUAGUUUAUCAAGACCAUCUCACUAAAUUUGUGAUCCUUCGUGCACUUCAAACUAAACGCGCUGCAGAAGUUGCAUAUCAUCUCUUGGAUAUUUUCACCACUUUUGGAGCGCCAAAUAUCCUUCAUUCCGAUAAUGGUCGGGAGUUUUGUAACCAUAUAAUUGAAAAUGUAUGCUCUAUGUGGCCAGAUGUCAAAAUUGUACACGGAAAACCAAGACACAGUCAGAGUCAAGGAUCAGUAGAGCGUGCCAAUCAAGACAUUGAAAAUAUGCUCAGUACGUGGAUGGAAACCAAUCAGUUGUCAAAGUGGUCAGAGGGCUUGAAAUUCAUCCAGGCAAUGAAAAACAGAGCAUAUCACGAGGGAAUCAAAUGCUCGCCCUACGAAGCAAUGUUUGGUUGUCCAAUGAAAGUGGGCAUUGCAUCGUCAGCAAUUCCAAAAGAUAUGAUUGGACUUUUAAGAUCUGAAGAAGAUUUAGAGAAUUUGUUGCAUACGCAAGAAAAUACGGAACAAAAUACUAACGACGAAAAUAUUAUAAUUGAACAGGACAAGGAAGACAACGUUGUUGAAAAUCAGUCAGAAGAGAACAUAAACAGUGAAAGUGCGAGGAACAAAACACAAGAAUGCGAAAUGAUUGAAAUAGAAAUGGAAAAUCAAAUAACCAUUGAUGCCAAUGUAACGAUUCAGAGACUCGGUUCUGAGACAAAUUCAGAGAAAGAAAACGAAACUCAAUCUGAAGAAGAUCCAAUACCAAAGAAGAUAGAAUCUGUCCAGAGAAUAAGAACAAAGGCAAAAUUGAAUUUGGAAACCCAAGCUGAAAAAAUGAAAGCUAAGUCGUCUGAUAAAUAUCCAAAUGUGAAACUUGGCCAAAAUGUAAGACUGAAAGUACCGGACAUUGACAGAGCUAAAACUGACCCGAAAAGCAUCAUUGCAGUUGUAAUAGAUGUAAAGGACAACGAGUUUUACCAACUAGGUACCAAUAUUGGAGUACUAAAACAGCUUUACACACAGAAUCAGUUUACCUCAUGCUCUGAAGAUUUUAUUACGAUAGAAGAUGUUGUUAAAGAGAAAGAAGUGAGUCUUCGCGAAGUUGUUGGAAAAUUGUCGUUGACUGGAGGACAAGGAUUCAAAAAUGUAACUGUCUCAAAAAAUGCUUGUCGAAGAAAUGCGCUUGCAAGUCAUCAGGAUUACUUUGUAAUUCUAAGUGCCACAAUAGCACUCCGUGUUGUAACAAAUAAUAUUUUUCUUAGGUACUUAGUACCUACUAAUUAAUGACGAUUGUCUUUUUUUUCAACUUUGUUCCUUAAAAUACCAAAUUAUAAGAAUCAUACCGAUUUAGUGAGAUUUAAUUAGCCAACUUAAGCGUUAUGUUUGUGAGAAGAUAUUUUAUUUUUGUAAUUUAAAUACAUAAUUAUGUAAGAUUCAUAAAUACAUGCCUAUUAUAAUGCUAAAGGUAGAAAUAAAUGAUUAAGAAUAAUAUUUUUUUUUAUUCCCAAAACUAAUAUGUACCAGUCAUCAUUGGUAAAACCUAGCAUUUACUUAAUUCUUAUAGUAAAAAAAUCAUUUUCAAUAUUUACCGUGCUCUUGAGGUAAAUCCUAAGAUUUACCUAGUGAAUGGUGGUAAAAGUUCGAAAUAAAAGAACUGUUCGGACUUUUGCCAUUAAGAGUUAGUAAAUCUUAGGUUUUACCGGAAAAUCUUAGGAUUUACCACAGUUCGGGCUUUUACAGUAACAUAUAUAACCUUU